CACCUUCCUUCGUAAGAUACAAAUCAUCACAAAUCCAAAUAAACGCAAGUUAGCAGAGUACUGGCGAAUUGUUAAGCACUUGAGAACUUGUGUUCUGAAAACAAAAGAUCCAAAUCCUAUUCCCAAAACAAAAAACAGCACCUUGGUGAAUGAAUAAAAUUCUCGAGUAAUAGCAAAUUCUUUCAUUGACAAGUGAUCUCUCUGUUUUCUGUCUGUCUAUUUGUCUAUCGAUCUCUAGCUAGCUCUAACAAUGGAGAUGGCUGACCAAAAACCUCAAAAUACUGAAGCCUCAGGCCAGAAGACUAUUGCAGACUUUGAUCCCCCCAAGGCCGCGAAGACAAAGAAGUUCGCUGUUGCCUGUGCCAUUUUGGCUUCAAUGACUUCAAUCUUGCUGGGCUAUGAUAUUGGUGUGAUGAGUGGAGCGUCACUCUUCAUCAAAGAAAACCUGAAAAUCACCGACGUACAAGUUGAAGUCCUCAACGGUACUCUGAACCUGUACUCUCUCAUCGGUUCCGCCUUGGCAGGAAGAACAUCCGAUUGGAUUGGCCGACGAUACACCAUUGUCCUCUCUGGAGCCAUCUUCUUUGCUGGAGCCCUCCUUAUGGGAUUUGCCCCCAACUACGCCUUCCUCAUGUUCGGCCGAUUUAUUGCUGGAGUUGGAGUUGGUUACGCUCUUAUGAUAGCUCCUGUCUAUACAGCCGAAAUCUCUCCAGCCUCAUUCCGUGGCUUCCUCACAUCUUUCCCUGAGGUGUUUGUUAAUGUUGGUAUAUUACUUGGGUACGUAUCCAACUAUGCCUUGGCCAAGCUCCCGAUCCACUUGAACUGGAGGAUCAUGCUCGGCAUUGGCGCAGUUCCCUCUCUUUUCCUCGCCGUCGGCGUCCUAGCCAUGCCUGAGUCACCACGCUGGCUCGUCAUGCAGGGGCGACUCGGAGACGCCAGGAAAGUCCUGAACAAAACUUCUUCUACCCAUGAGGAGGCUGAGCUCAGACUAGACGAGAUCAAAGAGGCCGCUGGAAUCCCAAAAGAGUCCAACGAGGAUAUCGUUCAGGUUUCGAAGAAAAGCAAAGGUGAAGGCGUAUGGAAAGACUUGUUCCUUCGGCCCACCCCAGCUGUCCGCCAUAUUUUGAUCGUGGGAGUUGGUAUCCACUUCUUCCAGCAAGCCUCCGGUAUUGACUCCGUCGUGUUGUACAGCCCCAGGAUCUUCGAGAAGGCUGGAAUCACUUCCUACAAUGACAAACUACUUGCAACCGUAGCCGUUGGAAUUGUCAAGACCAUUUUCAUCCUUGUCGCCACCUUUAUGCUUGACAAGUUCGGACGUCGUCCUUUGCUUUUGACCAGUGUGGGUGGAAUGAUCUUCUCUCUCUUGUUGCUCGGUGUGGGUCUUACAGUCGUCGAUCAUUCCCACAGCAAGGUCCAAUGGGCCAUCGCUCUGUGCAUUGCAAUGGUAAUGUCCAACGUUGCGUUUUUCUCCAUCGGGCUUGGACCCAUCACCUGGGUCUACAGCUCAGAGAUCUACCCGUUGCAGCUGCGCGCGCAAGGGUGCGCUAUGGGAGUGGCCAUGAAUAGGUUGAUGAGCGGAGUCAUCUCCAUGACGUUUCUUUCAUUGUACAAGGCCAUCACGAUCGGUGGUGCCUUCUUCCUUUAUGCCGGAACGUCUUCGAUUGCUUUUAUGUUCUUUUACACAAUGCUGCCAGAAACACAAGGCCGAAGCCUCGAAGAUAUGGAACUCUUGUUUGGCAAAUACCAUAAGUGGAGACAAGCGAAUGCCAUGCUCAAGAAGAAGGAAGCUGCUGAGAAAAGCCAAAGCGCUUAAGAAUAAUAGGGCAAAAAACGCUUACCAUAUUUUUCAUAUUUACGUUUGUACGACUCUCUAAUAGAGAUGGGACACACAUGUUGAUGGCCCUUCCUCUAUUAGAGAGGUAGUACAAGUGUCGUGUGAAAAUUUUGGUAAGUGAAUGCCCUAAGUUUUUGUUCUAAGUUUUCUCUUAUGCCCCAACGUUCUUGCAACGGGGCUGCUCAUUCCGUCGCCUCCCUUUGUGUUCAAUAAAGGAGGCGUUCGUCGUUGGGACUUGAUUGCUCCUAUUUAGCUUUUCAAUGUACUUCGUUUCGGAUGUCAACGUUUCAAUCCGUACUUAAUAAAAGCUCUAUUGUUUCAACAAAAUACACACAAAAAAGUGCAGUGCUUAAUUACUGAAUGUACUUAAUGAUGGCUGUUUAUCAUUAUAAAAGUUUUUACUUUCAAAAUUUUAUUGGUGUUUCGGUGAUAUGUAGCUCAAACUCACUCUUCACCUUAUCUUCUUAAUUUGUUAAAUAAAAAGAUCUUAUAUGGAACAAAGAAAUAAAUUUAAGAUGAAAUGAACUAGACAUGCAUGUUUAUACAAGGAUUGUUCUUCUUGUAAACACGAGGCUUGUAGUACCCUUGCAUCGAGAUUUAGUUUUUGAUUCUCCUUCCUGUAGUUUAUAACUCGAGUAGUUAAGAACAUGAUCUAAAUAAUUAUUUAUUGUCUACUAUUCCAAUUCCCCCUCAAUGUAGUUUGUAUAAAAGAAUCAUCACUUUAGCCCUACUAUAGUUCCUUCUUCUAAUUCGUUUUCCCCAUUGACGAUUAUUACUUGCACCUUUUUUCAGUUAAAGUGCGGACGGACAUGCAAAAGAGUGCGAGGCUGAUUUCUUUUUUCAUAGAUCCCCUUUAUCCUUCAUCUUUCCCUUUCGUCCAGCAUCUACCCUAAACUUUAGCCAAAAAAAAUUACCUUGACGCAUGAACUUCCAAGUUUUAAGCA